AAAUCACUCUGCGUGAAGUGGGCUGACAGGUAGGAUAAGCUUCUAGGAGUCAACACUUAAGCUGAGGCCUAAAGAGUUAGUUGAGCAGGUGUUUGCCAGGGUGACACGGAGGGCAACUUUGGCAGAAGAAAUACCAAACGCAAAGGUGCUGAGGCAUGAGGGCCUGACAUAGUUUGGAAACUGUGAAGCUUCCCAGUCUCCCUUCCCAUCCCCUCUACCCAGGGUUGUUGGAUAAAAUAACAAGCUGCCCACUUAAAUUUGAAUCUCAGAUAACCAACUAAUAAUUUUAAAAUGUAAGUAUGCCCCAAAUAUUGCACGGGACAUAUACACUCUGGGCUCCCUUCAACGCAUUCUUGCCGCCCCCCCCGGAGUCCACAACCCCCCUGCGAAUACUGGCGAGCUGGUGGAGUAAAGCAAGAGAAGCUAUCUCAGGAUUGUUUUCCUUUCAUUCCUACAUUUUUCACUCUCAGGUCUCAGGACUGAGGGAUGUAGCUCGCAGCUCGCUCCCAGUCUGCGGUCUGCCUCUGCAGACCAGAAUUGGGGAAUGUAAGGGAGGGGGGGUCACUCACAAAGAAAGCUCACUCCACUCCACAGAAACAGCAGCCAGUGCCGGCUUUCCCUCCUACCAAGGGACCGGAAAUCCCUCCCCUUCCGGAUGAAGAAGCAGAAGCAAGGCAGCCAAUCCGCAGGAAGGCAAUUCUUUGGCUGUGGCUACCGAGAUCCCCGCGAGGUGCUGGCGACCGGAAGCAGUGGGGGGCGGGGCUUCAUGCCGGAAGUGAUGGUUCUGCAGUUGUUCGGUUGGCGCGCUGGCGGCGGGAGAUGCGCUGCCGGCCUGAGGCGAAGGGCCGAAGCGCUGGUUAAUUUGGAGCUGGGGCCGAGUGCCUGCCGCGCAGUCAGAUCAUGGGCUCGACCAAACACUGGGGAGAAUGGUUCCUGAACCUGCGGGUGCCCCCCUCCGGAGUGUUUGCUGUGGCCUUUCUUGCGCGAGUUGCCCUGGUUUUCUAUGGGGUCUUCCAGGACCGGACCCUGCUCGUGAGGUAUACAGACAUCGACUACCAUGUCUUCACGGACGCCGCGCGCUUCAUCACCGAAGGGCGCUCCCCGUAUCUGAGGGCGACUUACCGUUACACUCCACUGCUGGGUUGGCUCCUCACUCCCAACAUCUACCUCAACGAACUCUUUGGAAAGUUUCUCUUCAUCAGCUGCGACCUCUUCACCGCUUUCCUCUUAUACCGCCUGCUGCUUCUGAAGGGGCUGGGGCGCCGCGAGGCUUGUGGCUACUGUGUCUUCUGGCUUCUUAACCCUCUACCUAUGGCAGUAUCCAGCCGAGGCAAUGCGGACUCGAUCGUCGCCUCCCUGGUCCUUAUGGUCCUGUACUUAAUAAAGAAGAGACUGGUCGCGUGCGCAGCUGUAUUCUAUGGUUUCGCGGUGCAUAUGAAGAUGUAUCCGGUGACCUAUAUCCUUCCCAUAGCCCUCCAUCUGCUUCCAGAACGCGACAAUGACGAAAGCCUCCGUCAAUCCCGGUAUUCUUUCCAGGCUCGUUUGUAUGAAUUCUUGAAGAGGCUGUGUAGUCGGGCUGUGUUGCUCUUUGUAGCAGUUGCUGGACUCACAUUUUUUGCCCUGAGCUUUGGAUUUUACUAUAAGUAUGGUUGGGAAUUUUUGGAGCACACCUACUUUUACCACCUGACCAGGCGGGAUAUCCGUCACAACUUUUCUCCGUACUUCUACAUGCUGUAUUUGACUGCAGAGAGCAAGUGGAGUUUUUCCCUGGGGAUUGCUGCAUUCCUGCCACAAUUCAUCUUGCUUUCAGCCGUGUCUUUCGCCUAUUACAGAGACCUUAUCUUUUGUUGUUUUCUUCAUACAUCUAUUUUUGUGACUUUUAACAAAGUCUGCACCUCCCAGUACUUUCUUUGGUACCUCUGCCUACUGCCUCUGGUGAUGCCUCUAGUAAGAAUACCUUGGAAAAGAGCUGUAGUUCUCCUAAUGUUAUGGUUUAUAGGGCAGGCCUUAUGGCUGGCUCCUGCAUAUGUUCUUGAGUUUCAAGGAAAGAACACCUUUCUGUUUAUUUGGUUAGCUGGUUUAUUCUUCCUGCUUAUCAACUGUUCUAUCCUGAUUCAAAUUAUUUCCCAUUACAAGGAGGAACCCCUGACGGAGAGACUCAAAUAUGAGUAAUGUAUGUUCCGUAUCUUCUGACGCUAUUACAUUCUGAUCUGUAUGGACCAGAGGAGAGCUUUGGAAAAUUUUUUCUGAACAUUCUACGCAUUCUAGUGAAAGUUCCCCGUUCCAGCAGAAGUUAAAACCAAUGUUUGCCUUUUAUAUAAAAGUGACACAAUAAUUGAGGUUCACCCUCUAAGAACUCUUAGGAUUCAUUUAUGUGGGACAUGAUGGGAAGAAAACGGUACUUGUUUGAAAUUGGAAAGACUGGUGAAACUAUCAGAUGCCGAAAGAUUCUUAAAGUAGAAAAAUAGAGGAAUAUAGUUAGAGGCAUAAAGUUUAAGCCAGUAUUUGUUCCAGUUAUACUGUAACUGUCUUAAGCUGUCUUAUCUUUUAACCCUCACUUUUUCUUUCUGAAGCUUUCCUGACAACUGUGAAAAUUCAUAAAGUAUUCCUGAAGUAUAUAGAUUUUUACAUACAAAGGAUUAACACUACUGUGCUUAGUUGGGAAAGUUUUUGAAUUCUGUAUUAAGUGUGGGGGCUUAGAAGAUAAAUAAUCCAAAGAAUUUAAAUUGAAUCAUGUUUCAUGUAUUUGUUUUAUAACUUAGUUUUCAGCACUCAGUCUCAGUGGCAUUAUAUUACCAUUUGGUUUUAUACAAAAAGUAUUAAAUUUAAAUUCAUUCAU